ACUCUUGAAAGAGAACACUUUCGGGAACCCUGCGCAAGUACUUCUAGUUCUCAUAUAUAUAUAUACUGUAACCGUAUAGAAACAGAAUAUGUUUUCUUUGUGGCGUAGGGGAUGGCAAAGCUACACAAUAAGCUAUCUGCGCUGUAUCCACCACGGGUAUUAAAAUCCGGUUUUUAGUGUUACAAGCCUUCAGAGUUACUGCUAAGUGUUUGCGGACGAGCUAGAUAACCUUAAUCCCCAAAGUCAAAGAAGUUUAGGAGAUGAUAGGGUACUCUUCAUGAAAAAGUGAAAAAGAUUUAGGCUUGGCUUUUGUGACCAAGAGAAACCAGAAGUUUUAGAACAGCACAUCUUUAUACAAAAACCCACCAGCAUAGAGUUAAGGAUGAAAAUUCUUCUAAUUCUCCUAGUCAUCAUAACGUCUACAUUUGGCCAAAAACGUAAUACCUUGUGUCCAGAUUUGGAACAUGAAUGUCCAUUUGGUGCAACAUGCUGCUUAAUGAGUAAUGGUGAUGAAUAUGGAUGUUGUCCAUUGCCUAAUGCUGUCUGUUGUGAUGACCACAAGCACUGCUGUCCUGAGAGCUAUAGAUGUGACAUAACCUUUGGUCAAUGUGUGAAGAACUAUUUUAACAGUUCAAAACCAAUAAUCCUGAAAGAAAAUUCUGUUAUUUGUCCUGGAGGUGAAUAUCAGUGUCCUGAUUACUAUACCUGCUGUCUUUUAUAUGGUGAUGUCUAUGGAUGUUGUUCUAUUCCAAAUGCUGUGUGCUGUUCAGAUCACCAACACUGUUGUCCGCAAGGGACUGUAUGUGAUGUUCAGCAUGGCAAGUGUAUUCAAAAGCUUCACUUGGUGGAAAUGCAAACAAAAACUAACUUUAUGAAUGUGAAACAAGGAAGUAAAUUCAAAUUUAUUAAGAUGUGGGAAAUAUCCAAUAAAACCAAAUUAUUAAAUAAUAAAGAAGCAAAAGGCAGUAUCAGUAAAAUCCUUUGUCCUGAUGGACAAUAUGAAUGUCCAGAUGAAUACACUUGUUGCAAAUUGCCAAAUGGGCAGUGGGGUUGUUGCCCUUUGCCUGAUGCAGUCUGUUGUGCCAAUCACAUUAACUGCUGUCCCAAAGGUUCAGUAUGCAACCCAGAAACUGGUGGUUGCAACUUUGUUAGCAACAUAACAAUCCCAUGGGUGAAAAAAAUUCCAGCCUUACGAGUUGACACUCGUCAAUUUCUCAACAAUGUGCCUUGUCCAGGAGGGAAACAAUUCUGUCCCAAUCAUAACACCUGUUGUCUAGUUGGUUAUAAAAAAUGGGGUUGUUGUCCAUUACGUAAUGCCGUGUGUUGUGAAGAUAAGAUUCAUUGUUGUCCAGAAGGCACUGUUUGUGAAACUCAGAGAGGAAUAUGCUUGCCUAAACAAGAAAAUACAGUACCUGAGCAGGCAUUAGUACCAUUACUUCUACCUGAACAUAUGGUAGAUUGUCCAGAUCCAAGAUAUCAUUGUCCCUCUGGUAGCACUUGUUGUAAAUUAACCAGUGGUGUGUGGGGAUGUUGUCCAUUUCAAGAUGCAGUUUGUUGUGCAGAUGCUAUCCAUUGCUGUCCUGCUGGGAUGAAGUGCUCAGAAUUUGGCUGUACUGAUGGAAUUUCAACAUUUCCAUGGUCCACAAAAAACAUAGCACAAAAACAUGACUGAUGUAUUGACAUAAGCAACAUUGUUUUUUACUACAGUACUAUAUAAUCUUUUGUUUUCCUAUGAUGAAAGGUAAAUUACCUAGCAUAACAGAAUGUUGGCAUUUAAAUUGAUGAAUUAAUGUGGAUGUACUAUAUUAUUUGCCACUUAUAGAAUUUAAGCUUCAGUUGUUUUGUUAUUGCAGUUGAUAUAAUUAUAAUCUUCACAGGAAAAUUAUAAUGUUUGAGCUUAACAUUUUUGAAUUAUUAUCAACAGUACUUCCAUCUGUGUGUGUGUGUGUGUGUAUGUAUAUCUUGUGAAUUUCUCUUUGUCAGCUUUAAGUAAAAAUAACUAAUAUAUCUGUGUAGUCUUUUAUAAAAGAAUAGAGUAAAAAGAACCAUGUCUAAGAACCAGUACAAGUAAGCCUUAAAGUGCUUAAUUUCUAUAGAAAUUGUGGUAGAGGCAUUUUAAAAUUUUAACUCAUUAGCCAAA